AUGGCUUUGACCAGCGAGUUCCAGACCAACUUUGGCCCAAGUACCAAUCCAUGGGACUUCGAGCUCCCCAACGACCUCUCUUACAUCCCGGGCGCUGCUCGUGAAUCCGCUCUCGAUGAUUUCUCGGGGCUACCGGCGCCAACCUUAUCGACACUCGCCUCCGAAAGGCGUAUGCCCGAGUUCGUCCAGCCAGGGGAGUUGCAUGCACAGGAUGCCGACGCCUCAAGCCCGUCGUCCAUCAGCCAAGCAUCUCUACCAAGGAGAACGGGCUCGAUAGAUUCCACGUCGACUUCUGCGUCACUCAGUCGUGAACAAUUUCUGCGGCGCUUGUCCCUGGCGACAAGCGACCUCCAGGAGGAUUCAUACAGGCCGAGGAACACCCCGGCCAAGCGGAAGAAAACCACCACGGGGCGCAUCACCCCACGUUCCGACAAACACGCCCGGGAGCUGGAGCUGAACCGCAAAGCGGCGACAAAAUGUCGAAAUCGCCAAAAGGCCUUUAUCGAACAGCUCCAACAUCGGUGCAAGCGGGAGGAGGAGAAGAUGCACAUCCAGAGCUCGCUGGUCUCUGCUCUGCAUGAUGAAGUGGUCGCUCUCAGAAACGAGCUCUUGCGUCAGAGCUUCUGCGACUGUCGCUUCUUGUCAACUGCCUCAAUGUCAACGCGGCAAUAG